AUGUCAGAGAGGUCUUUAUCUCCAACAGAUUAUUAUGAAUUGAAACAUGUUAAAUCAAUCAAAGUCAAUUAAACAUCUAUUAAAAAGAAUAGAUCAAUACAUUAAAAAAGUAAUCUAGAAUUACAACUGGAAUUAAAUAGAUGUAAUUUAUCAUGUGAUAUUCAAAUUGUGGUAAAUCUACUGGAUUUUCAUUAAAAAUAAAUGGGGAAUUGCCACUCAAAGAAACUAGGUAUUAUUUGACAAAUAUCUUAGAUAUUAAAAAAAGCAAAGAAUCUUAAAAAAAUUAAAAGCUAUUGGAAAUGCGAUUAUUUUCAUUUAUUUAUAUAAAAUGGAAGCUAUUAAAAAAUGGAAAAAGAAAAUGCAUCAUCUUAAAUUAUCUAAGAAUUUAACAAUCCUAAGAAGACCUGCAGUUUUAUAAUCUGUUAAUUAAUUACCAAAUGCUCAAUCUAUUAAAUAACUUAUGAAGUACAUUAUAUCUUUUGAAAGAUUGAAAUAAUAUCCUAAUUCAUCAACUUCCAUUCAAGAAUUCACUUGAAUUAU